GAAUAAAGAUUGAACGGCUCUUUCCCUCUUCUCACAACGGAAAAAAAAAACCUUGGACUAGGGUUUUCAAUUGUUUCGCUGAUUCUUCUUAUCACUUUUGCAAUCUACAAUUCAAUUGCUGAAAGAGUUGGUUCGCAUUCCUCAAAGUAGAUCUAGAGGUUUAUACUGCUCUUUAUAUUUAGAACAUGGAGAAAACAGACAAUGCAGUAGCUGAAGAAGGAGUUCUGGAUCUCAAAAAUCAAAGCUUUCUGCUCGGGACAGAGAAGUCAAGUUUUCAAUCUCCUUUACCUUUGGAGAAGAGGGGGAUCACCGGAGUUGCAACAGGUUUUUCAUCUGUUACACCAGCGAGAAAGAACGAGCAAUCACACAUUACACAUGAAAUAGAUAUCGCUGAGCUUCCUGAGAAAUACAGAAACUUGUCAGAGUUCUUUGAUCGCAUGCUUUGCUCGUUGAGGUUGCUCAGUCUACGAAAACGGUCACCUACUUUUCAGAACGUAUCCAGUCAGGUUGAAGUACUGACAGGAAGAAAAUUCACACACAGGCAUCUCGCACAGAUAAAGUACAUAAUUCCUGAAGCCAUUCAGAUAGAUAAAUUACUGGUACAUGAUGCAAAGACCAUAUGCAUGAAGCCAGAUGUUAAAAUUACCUUGCAUUUUGAUGUUGUGGAAGAUGACCAAGAACAAUCGAAGUUUAUGACCCUCAGCAGUCUUUUUGCAUCCAAACUGAUGGGUUUUCUCCAUAAACAUGCUCAGGAUUGCGACUUCCCCGAAGCCAUACUUCCUGAUCCGUUUAACCAAAGCUGCCUCACUAGCAAUGCAGACAAGUCGCCUAUUGGUUUAUCAAGUGCUCAUGAAUCCAAAUCAUUAUCGUCAUCCCAUCUCUGUCCAUCCUUCAGUCCACGCUUUUCUCGGCAAACGGCUUCUGCAGAAGCAAAACUAGAUCACCUCUCGGUACCUUUGUCCACAUGCUCAACUUGUGAAUCUGAGUGUACAUUGAAUCAGGAACUUGACUCUAAAAGGACAUCUCCUGAGUCAUUCAAAUCUUCUAUCAACCUGAACAAUGUUGAAGCGAGCCAACCUAUACCGGCUUGUAGUUUGGUUGAUGAAAGUGAAAGAACUCCUGUGAAGAUUCUGUCUGAGAGUGAACUAAUGGUUGAAACACCUGCUCUGCCCACACCAAAGAGAUCGGUGCCUAUGACCGAAGAUAAGCACAAGAAAAUGACAGAUCAAGACUCUGUUGUUUCCAAUGUAACUGUCAAAAGGUCAUUAGAUUUUUUUACAUUGGCUGGAGAAGAGACGCAUGAUGUCCUUAAAAUGGAAAGGAAGACGAUUUCAAAGGAAGAUCACGUUAAUGCUGAUAUAUGCUCUCAUGAGGUUCAGGAAAGGAGUUGCUUCUUUAGCAAGGAAGCGAAGAUUUAUCAAAGACAUAUAACUGCAGCCCGGCAGGAAUCGUUUGGUUUAUCCGAUCUUGUUCGUCUGAUUCACCGCAUUUUUCAGUCUGUUGGCUGUCGUUCGAUGACUAAAGUGGAACUUGUUCACAAGAUCAUAGUGAAUGACUACGAUAUUGAUGAGAACACUGAUGUGGAAGGGCAGAUAGAAGUUCUUGAGAGGCUAGUUCCAGAUUGGCUAUGCAAGAAAUCUGCUCCUACUGGAGACCUUUUGUACAGUAUCAAGAAAGUUUCGGACUUGAACUCUGUCUGCGAAAGGGUUGUAGGUGUAUGAUCCAUUUGGUGCGAGGGGACAUUUUGUUGGAGCUCCGAUAAUUUAUGCUAUUUUUCGACUCUCGUGCAGCAUAUACAGGAACUUGGUGCAUUACCGGAGUAUUUGAGAGACAAGGGAGGAUGAAUAUUGUCCCAAAACAUGUAGUGAAUGCAUACGGCCUUGUAAUUCUAUCUGAAGUAGAUUAGUAUCAAUGAAGGCUGUGGAGCAGCCUGUUGGCAUUAAAGUUGCUGUAGAUUUGUAGUAUGUAAUACUAACUCACCUGAUUGAUUGAUGGAGCAGCUUGGUGUUGCAUUUCCUCCUCGUCAUUCCUGCUUUUAUUCUCUCCAUCCUUGCCUACAUUUACAUGUAUUUCCUCGUAACACUUUAUAGAAUUCACUCAUUCACUAAUAUAUUAUAUAAAAUAAUAACUCAAAUGUUUAGGAUU